AUGUGCUUCUGCACCCAGCUUAGGACUGAUCACAACAAUCCAGAUGCAGUUUCACUAAAAGGAAAAAAGCUGGAUUUUUAUGGAAGAGGUGACACAUAUGCAAGCCUGACCAAUACCAUUCCUGAACUCAGCCAAUUCACAGCAUGCAUUGACCUGGUGUACACGGAUGUCAGCUCAAGUAAUUGGAUGGCCUUCUCUUAUAUGUCCAAAAACACCUUCUUAGGAAAAGAAGACAUAGACCUUGGACUUGCAGGAAACUACCAGCAGCUAAUACUAUACAACUUGGGCAAGAUCCUUUAUAUCCCUUACCAUCUGAAACCGCUUAAAUGGCAUACAAUAUGCUUGAUAUGGGAUGGUGUGAAGGGCAAGCUAGAGCUCUUUCUGAAUAAUGAAAGGAUAGUGGUAAUUUGGGAUCAACCACAAAACCUGACACCUAAUGGGACUCUGGUCCUAGGGCACUUUCUCAAGAAUGGGGACAUGCAGGUUAAAAGCGUGGUGCCUAGAUUCACUGGCAGCUUGUACUACUUUCAACUCUGGGACCACAUCCUGGAAAAAGACAAGUUUAUGAAAUGUUUACAUGGAAAUGUAGUUAGUUGGGAAGAAGAUGUUUGGCUCAUCAACAAGAUCAUCCCAACUGGUGUCUGGAGACUGCGAUGCUUUGUUUCUAAAAAUAUAACCAUUGAAGGAACAAGUACAACUCUUUCACAGCAAAUAGAUUUGACAACUCCAUCCCAAAUUACCAGACUAACACCAGAAAAGACUGAAUAUUCCUCUACCAUCGUGUCUAAAAGUAUGCCUGUAUUUGCAACUGAUUAUACAAUCAGGUCAUAUUCUGAUACAACAUCUCCUACUCUGGAAACAAUGACUGCACCAAAAAACUUUAAGACAUCCAUACCUGAGACAGCUACAUUAGCAACAGACAUUUUAUCUACUUCAGCCACCAUCACUCUGCCUACCAAGUGUACAUCCAUAGGCACUAGUACCAAUUCCAUGGAAACAACUAGAUCCCCAUCUUCAGAGAGCACAAGGACAACAAAAAUGGCUCAAGUAGUUGCUACUGAGACCUUUCAUCCAACUGCAGCUACUGCUUUCCUAUUCACAUCUGGAUUUACCAAGAAUUCAGUUGUUUCAAAAACUUCAACGACCGGAUCUCAUUCUGCCAUUAUAAAGACAACAACUUUAUUCUCAUCUAUUGACUCAAGGUCCAUAUCAAUGACAUCUUGGCCCAAACACAAAUCUACAGAUAUUGGUAUACUCCCUAUCUCCACAGCUGGCCAGGUAUUUCUUGCAUCUACAGCUGCUGGAACUGUACCUCGGUCCACAGGGGAACAGGCUUCAGCUAUGGCUAAUCACAUUGGGAUGGCAUUGACAGUCACACUGGAGGCUGUGCUCAUCUCCACAGCAGCUGUUCCAGUGGACUCUGUAUUUCCCAAAAAUCAGACAGCAUCUACAUUGUCGACAACUGACAUGCCAAUAACAUUUACAGUUCAUUCAGUGAUGCUUCAAACUAGGCCUAUUGGGACCACUCCUGUCCUAAAAGAAGCCGAAACAGAAUUGACAUCCAUGAAUUUCCAGGAUGUCUCUUCACCCAGAGUGGAGGAUGCCAUAUCUACCUCUACACCUAAAGAGGCCUUUUCUAUGGCCCUUUCUUUCAGGACAUCCUCUCCAUUCAUUGGAGAUCAGAGUGCACAGACAGUUAUUGAUGCUGAGACUACACUUACAACCUUAACUCCUGGAAUCACACUUGCACCUAUGGCUUAAACUAUAGUUUCCUCCACAAUCACAAAACCACUAUAUACUGAGAAAAGGCCCACACCUGGUGGAAACAUGCUUCCUUUGAUUUCCACUAGAUUAGCUUCCACACCCAAGGCAUCUGAGUCAGUUUUCACUGAAGCUGCCCAUGUAUUCUCUACCAGUAAGACCACUUGGACUUCCAGGCCAGACCAGACCCUUCUGACAUUUAUAAAUACAAGCACCAUGCUUGCAUUUUUACCUAAUGAAAAUUUCACAUCAGCAAUCCGUGGGAGUACUUCUAAUGCAGAACAUUCUUCCACAAUUAUUAACAGUAUCACUCCACCAGAAGUAUCCAUAGAUAGUGAGGCUACCACUGCUGCUGAUGCUAUUAUUACUGGUUCAGCCAGACAUACAACUCUAUCCAAAUUGACACCUCCAUGGUUUGCUAAUUUCUCCACAGUUUCCGGAACUACAUCUGUACCCAAACCAACUGAAUGUAUACUUAUCACCUCACUAUUAAAAACAACUCCUAUGACCACUGUAGCUGUAAAUGAACUUCCUUCAACACCAAGGGAGACAGCAGUUCCACCAACAGAUAUGCAAUCUAUACUUGCUAACAUCAAACAAAAAUUUUCUACUGAGGUGAGCCAUUCUGAGACCACACAAACAGAAACAAAUGGUACAAUUACAUUUGGAGAGACAACAGCCUCUGUACCAAAGUCUGUGACAACACAAAGCUUCAGUGCUACUGUGACAAGAAAAGAAACAACUUUCCAUUAUCUUAAGGGAAAAUCACCUACAGCAGUUACAUUGCAGAUUUCUCCAUUUUCAACAAUGUUGGAAACAACAGAUGAAUCUGCACAAAUGUUGACAACCUCUGCAACCAGUUCCCCUCUUCCUGAUAUAGAAAAGACUUCUGUCACAGUGGACGAUAAAACUGUAACUACUGAGGAGAAAGAAAAUUGGCUUUUGACAAAAUCUGUGAAAACCACACCGAAGAACUCAUACAAUGGAACUAUAGAAAUCAUUAAUUCCACCCACACCUAUACAGCACGUUGGAAUUCAGAGAAUCCACUUGAGGGGAAUUCAGCUCCGUCUCCCACUUCUGGGAGCACACAGACAUUCCCUAUCCCCUUGGGUGUUUCCACCACAAGGAUAUUGGGGACCAUUUUCACCACUACCCCUUCAGACAGUACAACUAUGUCCUUGUCUGCAGGCAUUUUACUUCCACAGCCUAAACCUACCCAUUCCCCAGCUACCCCUGUGCCUGUUACCCAUAUGUUCUCACUAUCAGUUAAUACCUCUGCUGUCACCUCUAUGGUGGUUUCUAAUGAGGCCACAGUGAGCAUACCUGAGUCCUCAACACUGGCCAGGGCUUUCUCCCCAUCUAUGUUCUCAGAUGUCUCAACUCUGUCAUCUGUGAACACACUAUCAGGUCAGACUGCUUCCACAACCAGUGAUACCAUGCCUCCCCACAGAGACUCAAUUCUCACCACCUCAGAGGCCACAGUGAUCUCUGUCAGGAUGACACCCAUGACAAUUCCCUCUCUGACAGAAACUCCAGUACCUUCACUGAGACCCCCAACUCCUAUGGCAACUAAGGCUGAGACCACCCUUCCCUCCACUUCAUCUGACAUAGUAACCCCACUCACACACAAUCUCACCUGCUCUACAUCUCUUCCUGAGAUUACUGUUGUGUCCUCCACUCAUGUGGCCUCAACUGCAUCUACACCAGUAGCAACCCAACCUACCUCUCAAGUGGUGGAGCCUACAAUGCUGGAGAGUUCUACACAAGUUCUCAGCUUUCCGUAUACUUUGAGUGGUGGUGCAGAUGUUGUUAGCUUGUCUACUGACACCACAGAAACCUCUGUUGAUGAGAACAGGCCCCUACACACCUCUGCCAAUGACCUUACUACCUCAGUAAAUGUUCACAUUUCUCAAUCUUCCACAUAUCUUGUAAACACACCACCCACCCUACAGGUGACAGGCACCUCUACCUUAUCUUCUGAGAAAGAGCAGAUGACUACCUCCAUGGAAAACAUCUCUAGAACUAUGGAGGUGACAGAAAUGUCCCCAUCAAAUAAUUCUAUUUCAUACUCCCAGGGUACUUCAUCCUUGGAAAUGACAGAUACAGAACUUUCUGAGAGUACAAAAAGUUCUAGUCACCAAACACAUUCACCUUCAGGAAUUCUACUUGAGACUCCUCCUGAGGGGAAUUCAGCUUCAUCUCCCAUUUCUGGUAGCACACAGACUAUAGCUAUUUCGACCUCAAAUGACACAGUAGGUGUUCAUGUUUCAGAAAUGUCUACCAGUCUUGGGAAAACAGCUCUCCCUUCACAAACUCUGGCAAACACCACCUUUUUGACCCCUGAAAAAGAAAGCACAAGUGCCUUUUCAGUAUAUACUUCCAGAUCUGGGGAAACAAUAGUAAGAUCCACCUCUGUGACUUACCGUGUCUCAUAUAGCCAAGAUAUGUCAUCUGUAGAUACCACACCUUCCAGGAUAAGCAGAGUAUCAAAUCCUAUGAACAUCAACAGAACACUUUCAUACUUGCCUUCACUUAGGACUCAAACUGAGAUGACUACAAUUGCCUCUCCCAUUUCUGGAAGCACACAGGCUUCCCCUGUGCCCCUAUCUCUUUCUACAGAUGGACUAUCAAAGGCAAAUUUUAGUUACCUCUCUGACUGAAUUGCUACAGACCUGUCUGCUCCAAACAUAUAUACAACACUUCUUGGGAAAAUCUCUAUGGUAACAUCCAUUCCUACCUCCCAGAUAUCCUCACUGCCAGUUAAUGUCACUGCCUUCAUCUCCUGAAACAUUUUGGACACUACAACACUAAUGACUAAGUCUAAAACAAUACGCUCAGGUUGUUUGAAAAGUCCCUCUAUAGCCACUUCCAGGCCUAUGUCUGAGAGGUCUUCACUGCCAGUUAAUGAUUCUGCUUUCUCACCUGCAGUGGUUUCUUCUGAUACCUCCACAACUGUUGGAUUAUUCUCUACUUUGUUGUCUUCAAUAACUCCUAGGACUACUACAACUAUACAAACAUCCUCAUUGGAUAUCACACCAAUGACAUAUGCAGACACAUUGGUUUCUUCUGCUUUCACUACUUCAGAAAUGACAGAGUUAUCUUCCAGGAUCACACCUACAUCUUUUUCAUUUCCAACAGAGUCAACUUCUCCUCCUGUGAAAACCAUCCCAACCAUUGUUAAAUCUGGAAUAGCAACUCCUUUCAUGGGCACCACUGCCUCCUCUUUACUCAGUUCUAAGAACACUGAAGCUCUUUUCUCCAAUCCAAAGACCACAUUUUCACCAAUUCUGACAACAACCCAACAACCAUCACAAGGAGAUGAUGCUACAGCUCUGGGCGUAUUACCUGGGAUUACUCACAGCUCUCUAUCUACUGUCAGCACUGGUGUAAAGACAGCUUUCAUAAGUACUUAUUCCAGAACUGUUGGGCCUGAAAAUGUGCUUUCACCUACUCUUUCAGGUAAUCUCCAUACUUCUAUGAAUAUUCAGUUUUCCCCAUCUUUGACUAGUUUUAAGAGCACUCCUGGACCCACAAAAAGUGUGAAAGCCACCAUUCACCUUUCUUCUAAUACAGGAAAGAUGACUUCCUUAUCAGAAAAUACUUCCUUAACAGCUAAACUAACAAAAAGUGCCUUGUCUAUGAAUACCCCUGUUUCGUACUUUCCACUGACCCCAUCCAUAUCCUCUUUGACAUCAUCUCUUCUUUUGCCUUAUGGUACUGGAGCUGAGUUCUUUACACUAAAGACCACUUUGCCACUUACAUCCCACAUGGUUGAACUUCCAGUUGCAGGAACAGGAAUCACAUCUAAUGAUACUCAGUCCCUGCUUAUGACUUCCUGGAAUACACCUACAGCUGAAGAUUCUCAAUUUCCAAUUUCUACCACUGCUCAUAUAUCUAUACCCAACAAGAUGGAAGCAGCAACUCUAUACCUUGUUUCUGGGUCUUUGCCAACAUUCGCACCCUCUCAGACUAGUCUUGUAUCUGGAGCUGUUAUGACAAUGCCAUCAACCCCCACAUCUGGAAUUCCUCCUGGGUUCUCUGAGAGCUCUUCAUUAUCAACAUCUUCCAGAACUAUCCCCACCACUUUGGCUGACAUUAAGCACACAUUUGAGAAGACAACCACAUCUGUAACUCCUGGAAGCACACUCCCAUUAAAUCCUUCUGGUGCCACUUCAGGAUCUAUAAUCUCGAAUGCUACUACUUCACCUAUGCUGACUUGGAUCCUGUCUAGUCUCCCUUCAGGUUCCCCUCUGGCAACUGUAUCCAAAGCUCCUCAAGUUAUAACUUCCUCCUCAAUAGAGGAGUCAAAAUCCACAUUUCUCACUUCUGGCAUGAUACCAACACACCCAUUCAUUAAGUUUACAGCCCUACCCUUUGCUACUAUAAGCACUAUACCCUCUAAAACCACUCCUACAACUAAAAUGUAUGAUAUCAUUACUGGUUUCCAAACUUCUUUCCCUGUGUCUAUAAAAAUCAUAUACAUUUCUCCAUCCCCUGGAGCAUCCUCCAGAGCCACUGUGACUGCCAACUCUAGGACUGUGUCUCAACCUCUAACCUUUAGCAGGAUGAACACAUCACCUGUUACAACUGACCACACCUUAUUUAUUGGUUCCAUGUCUGUCACUCACCCUACAAUAACAUCUGCAUGGAGCAGAAUCCCAGCUACAUCAACAUCCCCGACUUUAGUUCUUCCUAAGCCCACAAUGGGCCCCCUUCCAAAUAUAACUACUACAUCCACAGCUACUGGAGCCUCAUUUCCACCCAUAUCUACUGAAGUGACACAUCCUUCCACAGCAACUUUGUCUUCAAUAAUCUCUUCCUCUUUUGAGAAAACCUGGCUGGAAUCCACAUCUUCUUUUAUGUCUAUUGAAACAUCGACUUCACCCAUUGCUAAGUCUACAUUUUCCUUCUACAAUAUUGAAAUGAAAUUCUCAGUCUUUGAUGAAGAGUCAAGGAUUCUUAUGACCAGUGUUAUAAAUGAAUUUGCAGAAAAUUGGUUGAAUUCUGUAUUUCAGGACAAUGAAUUUUCUCUUGGUAGUCUGUCAAUCCAAAUUGAAAGCAGGUAUGUGAGAUUUCAAUGACCGUGUGCUUUUCUUUUGCAUUGUUUGGAACAGAGAGAAGGACAAGGAAUGACUCCAAUUUCCAAUGUAACGUACAGCUGUGAAUGUCAGGUCAUCAUAAAAGCUAACUCUACUUUAGCAUCCACUGAAUUGAUUAGCAGGAUCAAAAGUAAAAUACAUGGCAAUCUUGCCCAUGGAAACUUCAGACAAGAUCAAUUGAUGUUACUGGUAAAGUCUGAACAAGUUACAGUGAAAAAACUAGAGCCCGGAAAGUGCAAAGCCAGUGAAACAGCUUCUAAAUACAAAGGGACAUAUAAGUGGCUACCAACCAACCCUACUGAGACAGCCCAAACUAGAUGCGUAAAAAAUGAGGAUGGAAAUGCUAUUAGAGUCUGUGCAAUCAGUAUCAAAACUGGCAAAUCUCAGUGGGAGAAACGUAAGUUCAAACAAUGCAAAUUGCUUCAAGGACUUCCUGAUAAGAUUGUGGAUCUUGCUAAUAUUACCAUAAGUGACGAUGGGCUAGGUGGAUGGAAUUCAUCAGGCUGUAAAGUAAAGGAAACCAACAUAAAUUAUGCAAUCUGUCAGUGUGAUCACCUCACCCAUUUUGGAGUCUUAAUGGAUUUAUCCAAGUCUGAAGUGGAUGCAGUGAAUGAACGGAUAUUAGUUCUUAUAACAUAUACUGGAUGUGGAAUCUCCUCCAUUUUCCUGGGAAUUUCCAUAGUGACAUACAUAGCUUCUCAGUAA